UUAGGUUACACAAGACUUUCCUGCACUUGUGAUCAACCUCUGUAGUGUGAUGUAUUAGAUCUUUAUCAUUUGUGCAUGUCAUGACCUAUGUGCUGCUUUGCAAUGAAUGAAAGAAGCUAACAUUGUGUUUGGUGCUUUGAUGUCAUUUUUAUUUGGAUUUCUUUUUUUUUUUCAGAUAGUCACAUAUCCUUAAGUGUAUUUCAGUUUUUGUUUAAAACCAGAACAGCACAGGAAGAAAACGGCUGACUACAAAGACGCAAGGAUGCCUCAAACUGAUAGAGAGAGUGACAACAAAGUGGGUGGGAAAGAAGGUAAAGAACAGCCAACGCUAAAAGAAGAAUGUGAUGAAUCUCCUGUGUUCAACAAAUGUUCACUCCCGCGUGAGGAACACUAUUCUUCUGAGAGAGCUGGUGAUGAAGAACGGAUGCAGUUUUUGCAGGCGGUGUUUCAGAAUUCUCAAGUUGGCCAGAUCAGACCUUCGGUUCUCCGCUCUACAGCUUUCCUACUUCAGGCAAAUGAGAGCAAUCCAAUAGCCAUGAGCAGAAGAAAAGACACAGAUCACAAUGCAAAAAUUUCUGUCCAAGCUGUUGAAUCUAGCGCCAUCCAGUCAGAGAUGGAGAGUUUGACUUCUCUUUUUGUAAAUGGACAAUGCCGUUGGCCUGGCUGUGAUCUACUCUUUCCAGGGUAUUCACUUUUUCUGAGACACCUAAAUAGAGACCACAACAAAGGAGAGAAAACAAUUGCUCAAUGGCGAGUUCAGCAAGACCUUGUGCGACACAUGGAGAAUCAGCUCAUUCAGGAGAAGCAGAGACUUCACGCCAUGCAGAUCCACCUUCGACUGUUUGAGUGCAUCUCAACGCAUACUGUUGUAACUCCAGGCUGGUGGAGGCCACUGGCACUCAACAUUCCCCCAAUGGGUGAGGCAGAUGGCAGGACAGAAAGAGCUAAUGAAGCACCAGUAGCACAGGACUACUGGCACAUACCCCCACCACACCUGCUGCCAGAGUUCGUCAGCAGUGUUGAAUACUACAAAUAUGCCAAUAUACGACCUCCAUAUACGUACGCUUUUCUAAUCAGAUGGUCAAUACUGGAAGCCCCAGAUAAACAGAGGACGCUUAAUGAGAUAUACAACUGGUUCACACGAAUGUUCUUUUACUUUCGUUAUAACGCUCCUACAUGGAAGAAUGCUGUACGGCACAAUCUCAGUCUUCAUAAAUGCUUUGUGCGGGUGGACGGGCGGACAGGGGCAGUUUGGACAGUGGAUGAGGAAGAGUUUCAGAAGAGAAAAGGGCAGAAGAUUAACACAUCAUCCUAUGUUAUUCCUUUAUCUGUAAAUCAACAAAGCACAAAAUGAGAUUCAAUGUAAUUGAUUUAAGCAUGUACAGUACAGUAAUGUAAAAUAUAAAAUAUAUAUUUUUUCCCAAUAAUUCAUUUUGGAGCAUAUAUUGGAUUAAGAACUGCAGAAAAAUUAUUUUGAUCCCUGGUCUUUUAAAAUGAGGGUUUCCUUGAUGAAUUUAAGCAUCACUAAAACAUUUUUAACAGUGGAUGCAGUUGAAUUUCUUUUAUUCAUAUUUAUUGAUUGUUUCAAAUGUAGACCUACUUGGACAAAAUUAAAAGUUUCCUGAAUGAAGUUUACUUUAAAAUGGCAGACACCCUUCUUUCAUUUUCAAUCCCAUGAUGCCACAGAUUUAUAAGUGACAACACAGAUUCUCAGUGACACCAACAGUGUUGGGGAAGUUACCGUUAAAAGUAAUGCAUUACAAUAUUAAGUUACUCACGAAAAAAGUAACUAAUUGUGUUACUUAGUAAUGCUUAUAUUACUUUUUAGUUACUUUUGCGUUACUUUGUCUUGGCUGAGGCUUGAUUUUUUAAAGGCCUUGCAGGUGUUUUUUAUGACUGAAAAGUUCUGCAUUCAUAAAUUGCAUAUUUCUUCACAAAAAUGUCGAGCUCUGGGCUGCCAUCUCAGUUUCGGACUCAAACUGUUUCCACACAGGCGUGUUCGCAUAGAGUGCAUAAUGUAACUAUAUUUAGUUUAAUUCAGUAUAUUUUUUAAAUCAAAUUAAUUAAACAAAAAAUUAACUUUUUUAAAAAAGUAACUCAAAUAUAAUGUGUACAUUUAAAAAGUAAUGCGUUACUUUACUUGUUACUUCAGAAAGGUAAUAUUAUUACGUAAUGCAUGUUACUUGUACAUGUUACUAGUUAUAUUAGGACAUUUAAGUAGUUUUUACAAGCAAAAAACAAUAAAGGUGUGCAUCUUGAGAUAAAACAACAGGACUGAUAUGUUAGGAUAUGUCAGUGCAAAGUGUUUUUAAAUUGAGGCAGCUCAAACAUGCAUUUUAGUCUAGGACUAGGAUGUCGGGGAAACCGCCCCCCUAUCUUGUUAAAGGUGAAGUUAAGUUUGCUUUACAAUGAAUUAUAUGUUUAUAUAUCAAAUCAUUUCUGUCUAACAAUCCUAAUAUAUUUAUUUUAUUCAGUGUCUUGCUUAUGGCUAAACAUUGCAUUCUAGCUAUUUAUGUAGACUGAUUUUAUUACUAUUAUUUUUUAAGUGAUUAUAAAUUACUUGAAUGAAUGCUAAAAAUAAAGUACUAUUUAAUAGCAAUGAGUACCUAUUUAAACCAGAAGAGGGCAUCUGUGUGUGUUAUUGUUCAUGGGUAUAUUUUUGGGUGUGGUAAUUCAGUAACAGUGCGGGCGAGGACAAAAAGCAUCACCGAAGCUAUAAGAGAGAAACAAAGACACUUGAUCACAUAGGCAUUCAACUUACUUGAACACAU